CAAACUUUUCUAGCGUGUGAGCAACUUGUUUCCCUCUCGUCUAACAUCCCUAAUGUCCUAGGACAUAAAACCCAUUAGAAGUCUUCUAGCUUCCACAAUAAAAUUACGUUUCCCGGCACCGUCAUCAUUUCCACCUAACGCAGCAAUAAUCUCCAGAGCAUCUCCCUCUAAUAUCAUAGAUUGCAUGCCCAAGAAGCGACCGAAUUCAGCUGCUUGUUGUGCACCAUAUGCUUCUGCAAUAACGGGAUCCGAUAUGUAGCGCUGAACAGAGCAUAAGGAAGCAAGAACCUUCCCCUCAGAAUCUCGAGCUAUUAACCCCACCCCUAUUAAUUUCUACGUGCGGUCCAGAGCAGAGCCCCAUUUCAGCUUAAUGGUUGUAGGAGGUGGUUGGGACCACUGAACUGGCGGAGGAGGUGGUAUUUGUUGUUCACCCGGAGAAGCUUGAACGAGAAUUUUUCAAUACUCUUCAAGAGCUUCUACUGUGCUUUUCAUCGAACAGUUGGGGGGUACAAACUCUCCUUCAAACACUUGUCGAUUCCGCCUAAACCAGAUCCGUUGAGCAACCAUUGCUAUCAGUUCAACAUCUCCCUUCUCCAUUCUAGAGCUCAGACUCCCAAAUAAAGUCAGGAAAUCGACUUCCAUGACAUUACUUUUGUGAAUUCAAGUGGGGCACUCGGUCCAGACAGCUUUGGGCAGCAGCAGAAUUCCAGAUGGCAUGGGUGGUGGAUUCGACUUCCUUCCCACACACGGGACAAAGGGGAUCAUCCACAACGCGACGCCUGCGUAAAUUUUCCUUGGUAGGAAAUAUUUUGUUGCAUAGAAGCUUCCAAAUGGGAGUGUUUGAAGAUAGAGCUGAACAGCUACCUCGACUACAAGCUUGGCGGUCAACCUCAAGAUGGUAUGCACUGUGUACAAUGAACUGCCCUGUUGUGGUGCCAGCUCAAAUCAACCUAUCAUGCAUCACCCGAGGACUGACGGAAAUGUUGCAGAUGUGGUCAACUAAUUCUGCAGGAAAGACUUGCUCUAUAAGAGACAUUAAUUCUAUCUUCUGGGUAUCACAAUGCCACUAUAGGCACGGUGUGAAGCAACCAAGAAAUCCAUGGUCAGAUGGUCCGGAAUACAUCACACAGUGUCCCAUUCAACCUGGAUCAAACUUCACGUAUGAGGUUAUAUUUUCUAAUGAGGAAGGAACCCUUUGGUGGCAUGCUCAUAGCGAUUGGACACGAGCCACUGUUCAUGGUGCCAUAGUUGUGUUGCCGCCUAUUGGAUCCACCUAUCCAUUUGCCAACCCGGACGAAGAAAAUAUCCUUGUGCUCGCGGCCUGGUACACUGGAGAUUUGAAGGAGUUGGUGGAUGAGGCCUUGAUAACCGGUAAUGACUUGCCCAUGUCCGAUGCUUAUACAAUAAAUGGCGAGCCAGGAGAUUUUUGUCCUUGCUCCAAGGCAACGACGUACCAUUGGAUGGUUGAUUACAGCAAAACCUAUCUUCUCCGUUUAGUCAAUGUUGUGAUGAAUGCAGAACUCUUCUUUGCAGUUGCUGGACACAGUCUCACAAUUGUUGGGAUGGAUGGACAUUAUGUCAAACCGAUUUCCACGGAUUACAUCAUGAUAAGCCCGGGACAAACAAUGGAUGUCUUACUCACAGCAAACCAGUCUCUUGGCCUUUAUUAUAUUGCUGCUAGACAUUACUCAAGCGAAGACCCUUCCGUUACCGCAUUUGACUACGUCAAUACAACUGCAGUUUUACAAUAUAGAGGCAAUUAUACUAUCCCAACAUCUCCUGACUUUCCCAGUACACUUCCUUCUUAUUUGGACUUCAUCGCUGCCCUGAACUUCACCAAUCGUAUAAGGAGCUUGGCGAACAAAGACUACCCAGUAAAUGUGCCCCUGAACAUAACUGAGAGAAUGUAUAUUACAGUUUCCAUGAAUUCUCUAUAUUGUCCAACCUGUACAGGAGGGCUUGAUGAUGCAAUAAUAGCUACAAGCAUGAAUAACAUAAGUUGGGUCAAUCCAAGUACUACUGACGUGCUACACGCCUACUACAGGAAUAUCAGUGGGGUUUACACCACAGACUUCCCGGACUAUCCGCCUUCAUACUAUAACUUUACGGGUGAUGAAUUUUCGGAAAACAUUGAUUUAACAGUGCAAGGGAGCAAGGUGAAGGUGUUGAACUAUGGCGAGGCAGUGGAGAUAGUUUUUCAAGGGACUAACGUGCUAAAGGGCUCGAUGAAUCAUCCGAUGCAUUUGCAUGGAUAUAGCUUCUAUGUAGUCGGAACAGGUUUUAAUAACUUUGAUAAUGAGACAGAUCCAAAAGGGUUUAAUUUGGUUGAUCCUCCAGAAGUGAAUACCUUUGGAGUUCCUAAGAAGGGAUGGCUUGCCAUCAGAUUUGUUGCAAAUAAUCCAGGUGUGUGGUUUUGGCAUUGUCAUUUUGAUCGACAUCUGAGUUGGGGUAUGAAUACUGUAUUUAUAGUAAAGAAUGGGGGCACUACUGAGACAAGCAUCCGCCAGCCCCCUGUUUACAUGCCUUCUUGUAAAAGUUCCGUUAAGAUCUUGGAUGCGAAACAAUGAUGGGUUGGAUGAGGAAGUGAUGCGGAAGGAAAGAAUACUUGAUUCGGUCAAGUAGUUUUAUUAGUUAAUUGGGUUAUUAGUUUUAAGUUAUGCUUUAUUUAAUUUUUAGGAGUGAAGGGAAUUCAAUAAAUGGGUGUGUUCCCCCUAUGUUUUAGUUGUGUGAGUCUAUUUAAGCAUGCUUUAUACUUCUAUAAAGACAUAUUUGAUGGAAUAAAAUUAAGAGAAAGUGAUUUUCUCUUUCCUUC